AUGUCGGGACAAAGCUCGAAUACUUCAUCGAAGGGAUCUUCUGUGACUCCUGCUUCUGACGGUAAGACUAUAAAUGGCUUAGAGAAGGUCAAGGUGAAGUUGGAAAAAGUCAACGAGAGAGGCAGGAGUAGACCGAAACGUUCUUCCUCCCAAAAUGUCGACUAUGACUUGAAGAAAAGGAAGAUUAUUACGGAGGAUUUAAACCUUGGAAAGAAGAAUGGGGAUCAAUCUGAAGCAGGCAGCACUGGUAAUGGCACACCUACGGGAUCAACAAAUGGACCUGAAUUCAAAGCCGAGGAUAUCAUAGAGUAUAACAGAAAGGGCGAAAUAGUGAAGGUUAAUGAACCCCCAACAAUUGAAACUGUCAACGGUGCUAAUGGCAUACCGUUAAGUCAGUUCCCACCUGAUAAAGUGAAGAAGGAGUACUUAUGGAAUUUCAAAAAAUCUAAUUCGGGUCAGUACUUGCUUUCAGCAGCUGUUGCUGCAAAGUCAUCUAAAGAUAAUGAAGAAAAACCAAAUUUCACCGAAAGAUUCGAACAGCUGCUAUUACAAGCCAAGGCAACCACCGAGAAAGAGAGAGAACUUACAAAACCAAGUCACAUUAGACAUCAAGUGAAAAGCUCUUCCAAAACAGAACAUGUCCUUGUGCCGAAAGGGAUCAAUUUGCACAAUCCGCAUAUAAAAACUAAACUGAAGGAUACUCAUGCAUUUGAUUCCAAAACAAAACUUAUAAGUCAAAAUCCUGUUGGCCAGAUGAAUGACAUUGCUAUGGCUAAAAAGAAAUCAUCAGAUGGCACUACACAAGAGAUUGAGAAUGACGAUUACUGUUCAGCUUGUUUUCAAACUGGGUCCUUUUUGUGCUGCGACACUUGCCCAAAAUCGUUCCACUUUUUAUGCCUAAACCCUCCACUUGACCCUGACCACCUUCCUGAAGGUGAUUGGUCGUGCCCACAAUGUAUGGUAAAACUGAGGUAUGCAAAUAAUACACAAUACCUCAAAGCACAAAAGGCAUAUACAGCACAAAUGCCAAAAGGAAAACGUCUAUUUGGAAAACUCUUAUUUUCAUUACAAGGCACAAAUCCAAGACAGUUCAAUUUACCUAAUUUUAUAAAAGAAACUUUCCAAUCGGUGAAGACUGGCCCAAGAGGACAAUAUAGUGAUGACACUAUUAAAGAACCAUUAAGUGACAAGCCGAUUUUUAACAGUCCUUACGGUCAAAGUAUCACAAAACUAGAUUCAUAUAAUUUGGACAGUCAUAUAGACCAAACCACAGGUAAGAUUCUCACAUGUUAUCGUUGUGGUGUAAGUCGUUUAGGUAGUUGGUCUCAUCCCGAAGAAGCUAGACUACUGAUAAAAUGCGAUUAUUGUAAUACUAGAUGGCACUUAGAUUGUGUUCCAGAAGUACCAAGGGCAUCGCUGAAAAACUUGGGAUCUAAAUGGCAAUGCCCACUACAUUCCGAACCACCAAAUACUACCAAGUUUGAUGAUCAAUCUAAGAUAAAGAAAAGCAGAAAACUUAUCAAGAAUCAAAGGUAUAUGGAACCGUUACAAAGCUGUGGAUAUAGAAAUGAAGGUAAUAUUGAAGUUGCCUUAGAUGAAAUAUCUGCACUUCCUCCCAAGAAUGCAAGAAAUAUCAACGUGGCCUACAAGCCGAUCCCUUUACUUAAUGAGUCUAAUUUUAUACUGGACUUUGAAGAAAAGCUAAGACAGGUAAAGGAAAAUGAGUUUAGGAAGUCAGUUAGUGCUCAAUCGAAAAUAUUAGAGCAGCUUAUGUGUACAUUGAAGAAGGACGAAAAGGAAGACAUAAUGACCUUACUUCAAUUUAGGUUCAAAAAGUCAAAAGAGCUAAAACAAUUGUGGGAUUUCAGCGAAUUGACAUCUAAAUUGAAUGCUAAAAUUCAACCGCAAAAUGAAACUAAGAAUGAAGAUAUUCAGGCUUUACUAGCUUUAAAAAAAAUUAUAGAGUCUAAACCAAAAGAAGAGAUCCUUAGGUUUCUUGAUUUAAGUGAUGAUUAA